ACGCGUACAAAUCGAUAAAUACAAAGUGCACAUAGAGAACCAACUAGAGGACAGUUAAAAAACUCAAACACAUGGUGGCCCAAAAACGCGCGAACCUAUUCUUCUUCUGGCUUUGCCUCACCAGAGAUGUACAGCGCUCGAUAGCCAAGACAAGGACACAACAAAGCAAGGUCAAACGCAAAAAAAGUUCAUGUACAUCCUGCUUGCUUCGUCAGAAAGACGGCAACGCCCCCCCCAAAAAAACUGCUGCCGUGCAAGCAAAGAAACACGACCGAAAAACGAAUCCGUGCCUUGGCACAGCAGCAGUGCUUCUGGCAUGAGCCCAACGGUGCCGCACCAACGUUUAUUGCAAUCGUCCACCACCCACGUCUUUCUGCACGACCGGCAGCACGGAGGAAAAGCAAAAGGGAAAAAAACAAGAAAAACGAGAGGAAAAACCUCCGGCAAAUACAAGUCUGUACUACUAAAAAAUUGUUAACAUCAACCAAAUUUUCUGGGUGUCCGCAAAGAACACACACGUAAGCGAAAAAACACAGAAGCGCCCCCCCCUUCCCUGCGGAA